CUGUUCUUCUAAACGGAUCAAAUAGUUCGAGUCUUUUAACUCGGUUUCACUCGCUCUCUUUCGGACUACCACGCACGACCACGAUGGCCAGCAUUUCCAGACCAAGGCGACUCAUGGAGCCCCUAUCCGGAGGCAAAAUGGUCCGCCCCAGGCGUAGUGCUGCUAACAAGACUCCGUACGACCGUCCAGCAUUAUCCCCAAAUCCGACUCCUCAAAACCCUAAUUGGCUCUCCAAAUUUAUUUGCUCGCCAACUCGCUUGAUUGCCACCGGCGCCGGAAAACUCCUUUCCUCCGUCUUUGCCGGCGAUUCCUCCUCUUCAUGUUCCUCCUCAUCAGAGAAUGAAAGUGAUGAUAGUGAUAAUGAAAUGUCUUCUCAGACAACUGACUCAAUUAAAAAGAAACGGGCUCUAGAAGUUACUCAGCAGCCAAGUGAACCUCAAAUUAUUCCAGAGAAGAGUGAAACAAAGCAUCUAAUAGAACGGCUUAUCAUGCAGGUGACAUACUCCAGGGAAGAGUUCAAUAGACUAACAAGUAUUAUUAAGUCAAGAGUUGUAGAUAGCCCCAUCUUUGGAGAUGCUGCUGAUGGAAGAUUAAGUGAAUUGUCCAAUAGAAUAGCUGGAAAUGAUGUCGACAUGCCAGAUCUUUGCAGUGCGGCUGUUUCGGAGGCAAAAAAGUGGUUAGAGGAGAAGAAAUUGGGUUCCAAUUCAAAAUCAGAUUUGGAACUUGGAACCUGCACCUUGAAUUCUGUUAUGUUGCCUCAUGACUCUGGUGGUGAAGCAGGUUCUCCAGCUGAUGUGGCCAAAUCAUAUAUGCAAACGCGUCCACCAUGGACUUCGCCAUCUGGGAACCAUACUGAAUACCAAUUACUAUCGCCAACUAGGAUACAGCUCUUCAAGGACAAAACACCGUAUUCAAUCAGUUUCCCUUCUUUGUCAUCCAAGUUGAAAAUAGAUAAUCCUGCCUCUGGUUCAUGGAAUAUCUCAGAGGAGUUACGAAAAGUGAGAUCCAGAGCAACAGAGGAGAUGCUAAGGACUCUACCAUCAUCAAAAAUAGAUUUGUCUGCGCUUACUUCAGAGAAUAGAAGUGUCAUUAAGUCCAUAGUGGCUGAUGAGGUAGAAGCUACCACGAGAGACGAAGUACUCAAUUCUACAAAAGCAGUAGAUGCAUCUUUAAACUUGGUCACAGGAGUAAAUACCUCAUAUGGCUUACCAGUUUCACAGGUGGCUCAAGACAGGUUACAGAGUGAACUUUUGACACCACAUCAAGCUAGUUUCAUUUCUGAACAGAAAAAGCCUCAUAUGAAGGACUUGGAAGAUGUCAAAACGAUGGAGGAAACUAGAGACAGGAGACCAAGCUCUGAACAAAGACUUCAGCCGUCAGAAGAGUUCAAGACUGUAUUACAAAGUGAUGCUGAAGCCGCCAAUGUUGAUGGUGUUGAGAUAAAUGGAACUAUACAACUGUAUGAACCCGAAGUGAGUGGAACUGCUCAAGAUACAACGUUACACGACCAAAACUGUUCAGCAUUGAAAAAGAUUGCUGGAAAAGAUGGCUUGUUUACUCCUAAUGGUUGCCCUCCUUCAGGAUCUUGUUUGGAUGCCGGACAGGAUAGAGAACAAAGCAGUCAGCCUUCUGAUGCGAAACAGAAUCCAGUUGGUUCAAGCCACAACAAAGUUUCACCGAUCUGUGAAUUUUUGACUGAAGCUUCGGUUGAAGUACCAAUUACGUGUGAAAUCGAUAGCCCUAACACUGGCUCUCAAAACAGUUCUAGCAUGCCAAGUGAAGAGUUGUCACUUGACAUGACUCGGAGUUCAAAGCGCAGUGUAGCAGGCAAGACAAGUGGUGCGACAGAGAAGCGACCAGGAAAGAAACUUACCGGGUACAAUAGAAGACGCAGAGCUCGGGGUAAACAAUGAUGAAUCGUGUUUUAUUUUUUUCUUUUCUAACCUUAUUGUAAAAUAGUGCAGAGAAAAAAGAGGUCAUUGCCACCACUAGGCAUUUGUAAGUUGUAGUGAAUUGGUAAAUUUGUAUGGGUUUAAAUCGAAGUUAGGAUUUCUUCUUUUUUCCUUUA